CAAGAGCUAAUCUCGGAACAACCUUAACAAACUACUUUUCAAGAUGCCAUCGAAUAAUGUGUAUCUAUUUAUAGUUUCAUUUAUUUGCAUUUUAGAUACAUUUGAGGGGUUGUGGUUCGGAAAAACAGCACCAGAUGUUUCAGAAAGUUAUACCAGCUUCAAACUCAGAGACAGAAGAACAGUUUGUGUAGAUGAGUGCAAAGAUUUAUACUGUAGAGCUGAUUGCGUCGGUAAAAAUAGUAUGGCUACCUGUGUCAGCCCCUUCUGUUUCGCAAUCACAAAAGGAGAACACUCAAAGUCAUUGUGUGAUGGUACCAAAUGUAACUCAUUGUGCCAUGAGUACAAAUGUAAUUCACAGUGUUCCGGAGCAAUGUGUCAUUCAAAGUGUUCUGCAGAUUAUUGUAAAUCAAAUUGUAUAGGUGCAAUUUGCGUUUCGAAGUGUGAUGGAAAAACUUGUGAAUCAGGGUGUACAGGUGCAAUUUGCGUUUCGAAGUGUGAUGGAAAAACUUGUAAAUCAGGGUGCGAAGGAAGUACCUGUAAUUCGCAAGCCUCAGGAAUGUUUGCCAAUGGAAACUGCGAAGGCAACAUUUGUUCUGCAAAAGCGAAUGGAGAUAAUACUGUUGCCGUGUGUAAGGGAGAUGCAUGUCACGCGAAUUGUGAUGGAAAAUCUUGUAAGUCAGUGUGCGAAGGACAUGCCUGUAAUUUGCAAGCCUCAGGAAUGUUUGCCAAUGGAGACUGCAGAGGCAACGCUUGUUCUGCAAAAACGAAUGGAGAUAAUACUGUUGCCGUGUGUAAUGGAGAUGCAUGUAACGCGAAUUGUACUGGAAAAAACUGCGCAGCAUCGUGCGUCGGCAAUGCUUGCACGGCGAAGUGCGAAGGAAUGGGAUGCAGAUCUAGUUGCAACGGACACGACUGUUAGAAAGACCAUUACAAAACGGUUCGAAUCAGCGACCCCUUCAAGUUCUUCAACAUGGAGCUCCAAACUGAUUUUAUGGAAUAACAUACACAAUAAAAUUUUAAAUAAUUAAAUAAAAUAUUUAUUUGUAAGAACACAAGAAAUAAUAUCACAAAAUCUACCUAC